CAAUAGUUAGGGCACUCCAAUAAGCAUCCCAAAUCCCCGAGGAUCCGAACGUGCACGUGGUUCAGAAAAUUGGCAUCGAUGAGCGAGCAUAGCAGACUCUGGUGCAUUGCCGCUGCCUACUACAUCAAAUUUGCACGUUUGGGGUUCCUAACAUCACAUACUUGAUUACUACCUAAAUCAUGACCAUCAUAGCGGCAUCACACGAGAGAAAGCAACACCCAUACCCCUAUCUCGGCCCGCGUGCAAAGAUGUCUAUGCAGGAAUGAGGGUGCCGCCGCCGACAGCUGAUGUGCACAGCUGAUCAACAUAAUAGAACGCAAGGAACAUGCAUACAUGACACACUGAAGCAGAGUUGAAAUAAAGUAUCAUAGCAUAGAUUAGUGGAAGAAGAGAGAAGAGAAAAAAAAACAUAAGUAAGAAGAGCCAAAGAGCACUAAACCCUCCUUGCACGACUCCAUCCACCUCCAACACUCACCAUGCCAUCCAUUGCAUCCUCCUCGAUUGUGCAGUUCAAGAAUUGCCGGCUGGUGCGUGGCAGAACCAUUGUAAAGGACGACUUCUGGGUGCGUGGCGGCCGCAUCAUCAACCCAGAGCCUGUGUUCUUUGAGGAAAAGGUGCAAGCAGAUCUGACGGUGGACUGCCAUGACGCCCUCAUCUGCCCUGGCUUUAUAGACAUACAAAUUAAUGGAGGAUAUGGGUAUGACUUCUCCUCAGACCUGGACAAGCUGGAGGAGGGCGUGUCCACUGUGGCUAAGGGUAUCCUGUCCACAGGGGUGACAUCUUUCUGUCCUACUGUUGUCACCUCCCCCAGCUCUGUGUAUCAUGAGGUGUUGCCAAGGCUGAAGAGAACCCCUGGAGGCAAGGAAGGGGCAGGCAUCCUGGGAAUCCACCUUGAAGGGCCUUUCAUCAGCCCAGAAAAGAAGGGUGCCCAUCCCCCUGAGUUCAUACAAAAGAUUGAGGGAAUCGACAAGGUACAUGACAUAUAUGGUAACCUUGACAAUGUGGGACUGAUCACUAUCGCCCCAGAGCUGCCUGGAGCACUGGAAGUCAUACAUCACCUGAGAAGCAAGGGAAUAAAGGUCUCUGUAGGUCACUCCAAUGGCAACCUGGAAGAUGGUGAGGCAGCUGUCAACAAUGGUGCCUCGUUCAUCACCCACCUGUUCAAUGCCAUGCUGCCCUUCCACCACCGUGACCCAGGACUUGUGGGACUUCUUACCAGCCAGCGCAUCAACCAGCCAGUCCAUUAUGGAAUCAUAGCUGAUGGCAUACACACUCACCCUGCUGCUCUCAGAAUCGCCCAUCGUACACACCCUAAAGGUGUGGUGCUGGUGACGGAUGCAAUGGCUGCAAUGGGCCUAGGCGAGGGUCAUCACCACAUAGGACAGAUGGAGGUGCUGGUGAAGGGUCAAAAGGCACAGCUGGUGGGCACCAACACCUUGGCCGGUGCUAUUGUUACCAUGGACAGCUGUGUUCGGCACUUCAUCAAGGAGGCUGGUGUGACGGUGGUGGAGGCCAUCGAGGCAGCCACUCUGCACCCUGCUCAGGUGAUGGGUAUGGACCACCUCAAGGGCACACUGGACUUUGGCUCAGAUGCAGACUUCUUGCUGCUGUCUGACAAGGGUCCACUGAAGGUACUCAACACAUUCAUCGGUGGGGAGUGUGUGUAUGCUGCCCCUGGGGCUCAUUGUAUUGAAUACACACAACAGAGACCCCUUGAGGAAAAAGUUUUCUCAUAAAGUAUCAUGUAUUGUGCUUUGCUUGCUUUUAUCUAAGUUAAACCAUAAUUGCCUACAAUUUCAGUCUCUAAAAAGAAGCUUUGCUUUAUUAUUGUUACUCACCAGAGUGCCUGUAGACAUUCUACCACGCUUCUUUAUAUUAUAGAGAAAGAAGUUAAGAACUUUAAAAUACUGUUUGUCCAUAGAUUAGCCAAUCAGAAUCCCACUUGAGGUAGACAGCAAAGGUCACAAAUUUGGUCCCACAAUUUACAGUAGUUAUUCCUUCCUAGCCAGAUAAUGAAUAUCCAAGCUGUGAACCUAACACUGUAAUCCAGCUUGCAAAAACAGACAUAACACUUAAUUUGUCAUGAAAUCUAUAUAAAUUACAAAGACUCCAGACAAACCAAAGUCCUAAAGACUGUGUGUGUGUGUGUGUGUGUGUGUGUGUGUGUGUGUGUGUGUGUGUGUGUGUGUGGGAGGGGGCCUGAGGACCAAAUGUAGUGGAAUGUCUGUCUUACAUUGUCUUAUUGAUCCUCAUCUUACACUGAUUCUCAUUAAGUGACCAAGCCACCUUAGGAUGCCACAUUCCACCACCACAGUGCCACACUGCAUUCCUUUGGUCCUAUUAGACAUGCCAGCCUUAACCAUAAGUUUCAUUGUUCUCUUCAACAAAUAAUUCACACCACAAAUCCUUUUCAGCUAAUUCAUGUCCAGUGCCUGGUUACCAAUCACUGAUAUGUGGCUGCCAUUCCACUGAUAUGACACACACAUGUACAGUACUGUUAUGUGUUGGAGGCUCAGGUGGUUCUCCAUAAUAAAACCAUACAAAGUCAAAAGAAAACAGCAGCAUGUUUGUGAUCUUUUGUGUUCCUUUGAUGUAUGGAGACAUAAAUUAAGCAUCCUCCUGCACAACUUUCAAUUUGGCAGGAUUUUACUACCUAUAUGUACCAGGGUAUUAGUACAAAGUGUGCAAUGCUCUCUAUGUCAUGCUUCUCAUUACUAUAUGUGCUGUUCUACAUAUUAUGAAAGACAAAACCUUGUUGUGAAUGCAUGUUCUUGUUUUGAGAGUUUAUUAAAAAUUUAUAUAAAGAUUGAUAUUUUGAA